AGAAAACAAAACUCAAGAGAGAGAAAAGAGAGUGAAAGAGAAACCGUUGAAAUGGCACCAAAACGCAAAGCUGGACAAUCUACGGUGGCGAAGGCGGCGGCUGCUGCUCCGGCAAGAGAAACUCGCUCCGCCGCUAGAGUUACUCGUUCAUCUGCAAAGACCUCAAGUGUUAACUUUAUCGAGUUACCAGACAGUAGGAAAAUAAGGAAAUCACCGAACAAGAAGCAGAAAAUAGCUGAAGUGAAAGGAAAAGCCAAAGAAGAUUCUUCAUCUGAAGAAGACGAGGAGAAUGAGGAAGAAGAAGCCGCUGAGAAGGUUCUAGAAGAUUCUAGCAAGCCUGUUGUCAUUAUCGAGCAUUGUAAGCAGUGCAAAUCGUUCGAGAAGAGAGCUAUUCAGGUGAAGGAAGGUCUGGAGGAGAGUGAUUGUGAUGUCAUUGUGAAACUGAACCCUGAGAAGCCAAGGAGAGGUUGCUUUGAAAUACGCCAGGAUGGAGGCAAGGUGUUCAUUAGCCUUUUGGGCAUGAAGCGUCCAUUCAAGCCGAUGAAAGACCUCGACAUGGACAAGGUCAUCUCAGAUAUCAUUACCGAUUUAUCCAAUUCUAGUUGACUCUAGUUGUUUCACAGCUUCCCUCUUAGCUUGACUUGUGUAGUUGAGUUAGAAAAACUGAUUUUUUGGUAAAAAAUCUUGGAUACCUAUAUGAAACAAUGUAUUAGAUGUUGCCUUUGUGGUUGGUAUUUUGAGAUUAGGCAACUUAUGAGUUUAGAUAGUUAUUUUGGAUAUCUUAACGGUCUUGGAUGAGAACCGUUGAUUUUGGGUUUUAGGGGAAUCAUAUUCAGAUUUCAUAUGAAUAUUCAGACAAAUUCCAAGAUAUAUAUUUUGGUCCCUUCUUA